UAUUAAAAAUUCUAGUUAAUUUUUAACUGGAAUUCUUCAUCUCCGCCUUCCAUCUCACUUACAAUAUGAAGAUAUGAAAAUGGCAACAAAACAAGAAAGCCAAAGAUAAAUGUCUAAAUUUUUUGAAGAAACAUAAAUUGUUAUGUAUAUGUAUGUAUAUAAAUCAUAUGAAUGUCUUUGCCUGUCUGAAACUCUUCGGCAAGAGAUCAUUGUUUGGCCAAAAGCCUUCAUUAAAUUCUUCACAUGCACAUUCAUUUUUCUUCCUCUGUUGUUAAUUUCUUCCUAUCUUUUCAUAAAAAAAAGGACAAUACCUCCUAGUGAUAUGAAUUUAUGGACAUUCUGUACAACAUUAUGAUGGCCUAACAACAUCUCUAUUACAUAUUUAUACAGUGUUACGCUGAAAAAUUAUUUAACUUGUCACAGAAUCAAACAAACAUUAGCAUGAAUUUACUGCAUAUAUAUAUUUAUGUAUGAGCAAUAUGUAAGGAUAAGAAUGGCUGGUUUCAUUUAAUGGAGACGCAAAAAGAGUUUUACUAAACCUCAAGAAAGCGAACACCUUUAAUGCAACGCCAACCACUGGAUAUUUGCGAAAGAGACAUAUCUUGUGAUCACUGAUGUGCUAUAAAUCCAUGAAGAGUUCUACUGUUCUAUAAGACAUAGGAAUAUCAAUAUUAUUUUAUUAACAGCUAAAGAUUUUCUAAGUAUUUUCAUGGUGAAUCUGUGAUUGGUUAGAUAGUUCAUGCCUCUUUGAUGAGUUUCUUAUGUGCCUGAAUUUUCCACUUUGAAGGUCACUAAAGAGUGUUGCACUUUGUGUCAAGAAUUGUAAGUAAAAAAGAGAAGAACAAUGAUGAAAACUUGUGCUGUACAAGUGGAGAAUGGAAAGCAAGGUGAAAAUGACGAACCUUCGGUCGGUCCAGUGUACCGAAGUAUCCUCGCAAAGGAUGGCUUCCCACCUCCUGAUUCCAAUAUGAGCACCUCAUGGGAAGUAUUCAGAUAUGCAGCAGAAAAGUAUCCUCAAAAUAAAAUGCUUGGUUGGCGAGAAUUUACUAAUGAAAAGGCUGGACAUUAUUUAUGGAAAACAUACAAGGAAAUAUACGAGGAAGUGCUGAAUGCUGGUUCAGCUUUGCAGCAGCUUGGUGCACAAAGAGGUUCACGAAUCGGUAUCUAUGGAGUAAACUGUCCUCAGUGGGUGGUAGCAAUGGAGGCUUGCAAUGGGUAUAGUUUAAUCUGUGUUCCUCUCUAUGAUACUCUUGGGGCUGGAGCUGUUGAUUACAUAAUAGACCAUGCAGAAAUAGAGUUUGUGUUUGUGCAAGAUAAGAAAGUGGAACAACUGUUGUCCUCUGAUUGCAAUUCUGCCAAGAAACUCAAAGCAAUGGUUUCAUUCACUUUACUAACAAGGGAGCGAAGUUCUAAUGCUGCAAAAAAUGGAAUCAAAGUGUAUUCAUGGAAUGAGUUUCUCCAUAUGGGAAAAGAGUACCCAUGUGAUCCAUAUCCUCCUAGGCCUCUUGACAUUUGCACUAUAAUGUACACAAGUGGAACAAGUGGAAAUCCAAAAGGAGUCAUCCUCACUCAUGAAAACCAUGCAACAUGCAUAAAAGGAAUUGAUCUUUUCUUAGAGCAAUUUGAAGACAAGAUGACAGUGGAUGAUGUUUAUCUCUCCUUCCUCCCCUUGGCUCAUGUCAUUGACCGUGUGGUUGAGGAGUAUUUCUUCCACAAAGGUGCCUCUGUAGGCUACUAUCAAGGGGAUGUCAAUGCUUUGAGAGAUGAUCUCAUGGAACUGAAACCAACUGUUUUUGCCGGAGUUCCUAGAGUUUUUGAAAGAAUACAUGAAGGAGUUCUCAAGGCCUUGCAAGAACUCAGGCCACUGAGAAGGAUGAUCUUCAAUAUUUUAUACAAUCAUAAACUGUUCUGGAUGAGAUCAGGCUAUAAACACAAGAACGCCUCACCUUUGGCAGACUUCUUGGCAUUUCACAAGGUGCAUGCCCAAUUGGGAGGUAGAAUUCGUUUACUAAUAUCUGGUGGUGCUCCAUUGAGUACUGAGAUCGAAGAAUUCUUAAAGGUUACAAGCUGUGCUUUUUUCGUGCAAGCCUAUGGGCUAACAGAAACCUGUGGACCAAGUACAGCUGGAUUACCUGAUGAGAUGACCAUGGUUGGAACUGUCGGUGUUCCUUCUGCAUAUGUUGAUCUUCGGCUGGAAGCCGUGCCAGAGAUGGGUUAUGAUCCUCUUGGCAUUCCUUCACGGGGGGAGGUCUGCAUCAGAGGGAAGACUGUUUUCACUGGGUACUACAAGAACCCUGAGUUGACAAAAGAGGUCAUCAGAGAUGGCUGGUUUCAUACAGGGGAUAUAGGGGAGAUGAAUUCUGAUGGAGUGUUGAAGAUCAUUGACAGGAAGAAGAACAUCUUUAAGCUUUCUCAAGGGGAGUAUGUUGCAGUUGAGUACCUGGAGAAAGUAUACAGUUGUGCUUCAAUUCUUGAAGAUAUUUGGGUUUAUGGAGACAGCUUCCAAUCAAAGCUUGUGGCAGUGGUUAAUCCACAUGAAGGCAAUACGAGAAUUUGGGCAAAAUCAACCGGACACGCUGGUUCAUUCACAGAACUCUGCUCUCUUGAUGCCCUAAAAAAACACAUUCUCAAUGAGCUCAAGACAAUUGCCGAAAAGAACAAGCUGAAAGGUUUUGAGUACAUUAAAGGGGUUGUGCUUGAGCCUGUGCCCUUCAGUGUAGAAAGAGAUCAAGUAACUCCUACGAUGAAGAAGAAAAGAGCUCAGAUGCUAAAAUACUAUCAAGCUGAAAUUGAUAAAGUCUACAAGAAUCUCUGAUGAACUCCAAAUGUAUUCAAUACUAUGUAUCGAGAUUACCUUCUCGCUUUUAAUUUGAAUGAUGUUACGAUGUUUGUAUGAAACUAAUAAGUUGUAGACAUAUUGUGCCAUAAGCAUUAUGUCAAACCUAAGGUUCAUUGUGUGUCUGUUGUAUCGUUUCAUGUUUGAAAGAAAUAACAAUAAUAAAAAAUCUACCGGUUUUGAUCA